CUGCCCUCGAGGGUCGGGAGCGGCGCGGCCGCCCGGCAGGCCGCGCCAGUGCUGGGACCUUUAGAGGCCCCUCCAACCUGAAAGCACGCUCGCGGACGCCAUGCGGUGGGCUCUGACGUCCCUGUCGGUGCCGCCACCUCUACUGCUGCUCCUGCUGCUGCUGCUGCUGCUGGGGUGCGGGCCGCGGGCGGCCACUGGCGGCGGGGCCGGCGGGGCCGCGGGCUACACACCGGUGAAGUACGUGCAGCCCAUGCACAAAGGACCCGUGGGGCCGCCCUUCCGCGAGGGCAAGGGCCAGUACCUGGAAAUGCCUCUGCCGCUGCUGCCAAUGGAUCUGAAAGGAGAGCCUGGCCCCCCUGGGAAACCUGGGCCUCGGGGGCCCCCUGGCCCUCCUGGCUUCCCAGGAAAACCAGGCACUGGAAAGCCAGGGCUACAUGGGCAGCCUGGCCCCGCCGGCCCCCCUGGCUUCUCCCGGAUGGGCAAGGCUGGUCCCCCAGGGCUUCCGGGCAAGGUUGGACCACCAGGGCAGCCAGGGCUUCGUGGGGAGCCAGGGAUACGAGGGGACCAGGGCCUCCGGGGCCCACCGGGGCCCCCUGGUCUCCCUGGGCCUUCAGGCAUUGCUGUUCCUGGGAAACCAGGCCCCCAGGGGGUGCCAGGGCCACCAGGAUUUGAGGGGGAGCCAGGGCCCCAGGGGGAGCCUGGGCCCCCAGGUGAUAGAGGCCUCAAGGGGGAUAAUGGGGUGGGUCAGCCAGGGCUGCCUGGGGCCCCAGGUCAGGGUGGUGCCCCUGGACCGCCUGGCCUCCCUGGUCCAGCUGGCUUGGGCAAACCAGGUUUGGAUGGGCUUCCUGGGGCCCCUGGAGAUAAGGGUGAGUCUGGCCCUCCUGGGGUGCCUGGACCCAGGGGGGAGCCAGGGGCAUUGGGCCCAAAGGGGCCCCCUGGGGUAGAUGGUGUGGGGAUCCCAGGGUCGGCAGGGGUGCCAGGGCCACAGGGCCCAGCAGGGGCCAAAGGGGAACCAGGAACUCGGGGUCCCCCUGGCCUCAUAGGGCCCACUGGCUAUGGUAUGCCAGGACUACCAGGCCCCAAAGGGGACAAAGGUCCAGCUGGGGUCCCAGGGCUCUUGGGGGACAGGGGUGAGCCAGGUGAAGAUGGAGAACCAGGGGAGCAGGGCCCACAGGGCCUUGGAGGCCCCCCUGGACUUCCAGGGUCUGCAGGGCUCCCUGGAAGACGAGGGCCCCCGGGGCCUAAGGGGGAGGUAGGGCCUGGAGGACCCCCAGGAGUGCCUGGCAUUCGGGGUGACCAGGGGCCUAGUGGCCUGGCUGGGAAACCUGGGCUCCCAGGAGAGAGGGGACUUCCAGGGGCCCAUGGACCCCCUGGACCGACUGGGCCCAAGGGCGAGCAGGGUUUCACAGGUCGCCCUGGGGGACCGGGGGUGGCAGGAGCCCUGGGACAGAAGGGUGACUUGGGGCUUCCUGGGCAGCCUGGCCUGAGGGGCCCCUCAGGAAUCCCAGGACUCCAGGGCCCAGCUGGCCCUAUUGGGCCACAAGGUCUGCCAGGCCUGAAGGGUGAACCAGGCCUGCCAGGGCCCCCUGGAGAGGGGAAAGUAGGGGAACCUGGCAUGGCUGGGCCUACAGGGCCCCCUGGAGUCCCCGGCUCCCCAGGACUCACAGGCCCUCCUGGCCCUCCGGGGCCUCCUGGUCCCCCUGGCGCCCCUGGGGCCUUCGAUGAGACUGGCAUCGCCGGCCUGCACCUGCCCAAUGGUGGAGUGGAGGGCGCCGUGCUGGGCAAGGGGGGCAAGCCGCAGUUUGGGCUGGGCGAGUUGUCAGCCCACGCCACACCCGCCUUCACCGCUGUGCUCACCUCGCCCUUUCCUGCCUCAGGCAUGCCUGUUAAAUUUGACCGGACUCUCUACAAUGGCCACAGUGGCUACAACCCAGCUACCGGCAUCUUUACCUGCCCUGUGGGCGGGGUCUACUACUUUGCCUACCACGUGCAUGUCAAGGGCACCAAUGUGUGGGUGGCCCUGUACAAGAACAACGUGCCAGCCACCUACACCUACGACGAGUACAAGAAAGGCUACCUGGACCAGGCGUCUGGUGGGGCGGUGCUCCAGCUGCGACCCAACGACCAGGUCUGGGUGCAGAUGCCCUCGGACCAGGCCAAUGGCCUCUACUCCACCGAGUACAUCCACUCGUCCUUUUCAGGGUUCUUGCUCUGCCCCACAUAACCCGUGGGGCCCUGCUGCCCAGGCCUCCUCCUCCUUAGUGGUAGAGAGAAC